AUGCCCAUGGCCAGUCCCUGUCGCUUCCCCUGCCCUGCCUCUCCACCCCCCUGGCCCACCCCUGCCUGCCUCUCCACCCCUGGCCCACCCCUGCCCGCCUCUCCACCCCCUGGCCCACCCCCUGCCCUGCCCUCCACCCCUCCACCCUUGGCUGGCUCCACCCCUGGCCCACCCCUGCCCUGCCCUCCACCCCCUGGCCCACCCCUGCCCUGCCUCUCCACCCCCUGGCUCCCGGCCCUGCCUCUCCACCCUACCCGGCCCUGGCUCCACCCCCUGGGCCCUGCCUCUCCACCCCUGGCUGCCCUGCUCCCCCCCGGCCCUGCCUCUCCACCCCCUGGCCCACCCCUGCCCUGCCUCUCCACCCCUGGCUCCCCCUGCCCUGCCCACCCCUGCCCUGCCUCUCCAACCCCUGCCCUGCUCCACCCCCUGGCCCACCCCCUGCCCUGCCCUGAUGCUAAGGCCUACGGUACCACUCUGAAAGGGAACCCUGUAGCCUUACUGAACCGCAGGGGAAGAGCAGCCUACAUGUUUCCUUUGGAAAACGUGGCUAUGCUUUAA